AUGCAAUACGAAUCUGGCUACUACAAUGAUCCAGCUGCACCCUACGGACAGGCGUACGACCCGGCAGGUUACCCCCAGACGCAGUACGGGCAGGAUCAGUACACACAGGCUUCGUAUGUACAGGAUCCAUACGGACAGGAUCCAUACGGACAGGCGCCGUACGGACAGGAUCAGUACGGCUACCCGCCAGUUGCCGUCGGAACAGUGGAGGCCCAGCCGUCAGGGCGCGGCGUGUGGUUGACCACAAUGGGGCUGUGCAUCGUAAUGUUGCUCCUGAUCGGCGGUACACUCAGUGCACUGGCAUACCUGGACACCGCAGAAGACGUUCCUUCCACCCCGGAAGAGGUCCAAUUCCCGGUGUUGAGGGGUUCUCCAUCUUCCGGACAGGUUGUUCCAGCGCCUAUUGCCAAGCCAUCGAGUACAUCGACAACGACGACGCCUGUUGUCUCUACGACGCCCCCCGCAGCGCACACUAUGGGCCCCACAGCGGCCACGAUGCAACCCAAAGCGCUCACAGCGCGCCCUGCUAAGCCUCCCACAGCGUCCACGAUGCCCCCCACAGCGCCCACGAUGAGCCGCACAGCGCCCAAGAUGCUGCCCACAGCGCCCACGAUGAGCCGCACAGCGCCCACGAUGCGCCCCACAGCGCCCAAAGCGCGCCCCACAGCGCCCCCAGCGCGCCCCACAGCGCGCCCUACCGAGCCCCCCACAGCACGCCCUGCCAAGCCCCCUGCAGCGCCCACGGUGCGCCGCCCCACAGCGCCCAGAAGACCCUCCACAACGCCCAAAGUGCCGUCCACAGCGCCGAAAGUGCCGUCCACAGCGCCCACGGUGCCGCCCACAGCGCCCAAGGCACCGCCCACAGCGCCCAAGGCACCGCCCACAGCGCCCAAGGCACCGCCCACAGCGCCCAAGGCACAGCCCACAGCGCCCAAGGCACAGCCCACAGCGCCCACGAUGAGCCGCAAAGCGUCCACAGCGACCUCUACCGAGCCUUCCGAUGGCGUGGUCAUAUCCGAAGAAGCAACCGACAAGCAGCCCAUGGUCUGUACCAUGGGCGAUAAAACUACCUCGACUCAGCAGUUCCCGCCAGACGGGCUGUGCGACUUUAUCUUCUACGACUCGCUGUACAAGGGAGGCCACAACUUGCUGCCAAAACCGGAGACCUACAGCAAGAGCCUCAACACUUUCCUCAACGACCACCGUGCCUACCGACGUACAACCCUCGGCGUCGGUCUCGCAUUCAAGUGA